AUGUCCAACAUACUGCGUGUUGCGGGGACCCUUCUCCCUGCAGACGUGCAAUGUCGGAGGUUUGUGGCGGCUAACAGGUAUGACCUGGCCCAGACGGGGUACGGCCGCGCCCUUCUGGCCGCCAUGUCUGAUAUGGACAGGCUGCAGGAAGUGGAGGUACUGAAGAGCCUGGGAGACUUGAACGUGGAGAAAGGAAGACUCUACAAGACCGAAGCUCCGCGGAACUUGGAGCGGGGCCUGAACCUGUACAGGGCCGCGCUGCUCUGGUGUGAGGACCCGGGGGAAGGCGAGUCUCUCCAACAUAGGGUCAAACUCGCCGAGAAACUCAGGCAGAAAACGCACAUAGCUGGAUCAACCAGGAACACAAGCAUUAAUUCUGUUGCAAGCACUUCAGAAAUCUUUCAAGACUUGGACAAGUCAUGGGCUAGUGGUGGCCAUAUGGACUCCAUCUUAGAGGGCUACACGAAGAUUCUUGUAGAAGGAAUAGCGGAGAGGAACAAGCUGUUAGAAGUAGAAUCCAUGAAAAGUCUCGGAGACGUGAAUCUUAAGAGAGGACGAGACUUAAAGGAGCCCAGACACUUGACCAAGGCCACAGCCCUGUACAGCACAGCCCUGGAGCGAUGUGACGAUCCACAUGGGAAAACCGUCCUCACACAUCGCUUACUGCACGCAGCAAAAGUCAGGAAGGACAUGGCGGAAAGAAGAGGGCGGUUGCUCCUGAGGGGCAAAAGCACAAACAGGUGGCCGCCAACUGGAUCUGCCAAGGUCACGACUGUUCUUCAAGGUCAAAACGUCCCUACAGCAGACAAUUCCAGGAUGUACAGAGAACAGUUACAGAAGGGCUGCAGGGCCCUGCAAACAGGAGACCUGGACACGGCAGAGAAGCACUUUGCAGCUGCGCUCAAGGCCGUACAUGUGAAACAACCAACUACAGACCAAUACAUGAAAGAGGCGGAGCCCCUGUGCAGGCUAAGCGAUGUCUACCUGGAAAGAGGAAAGAAGUCGAAAGACGGAAGUGACUUCACCAAGGCUGCAGCACUCCGUAAUGCCGCACUGGUCAGAGCAAGGACAGAAGAUAGAGAAGGCAUCAAACAAACAAUCCUACAAGUUAGCCAGUUAUUUGUUGAGCACGUGCUGGGGACCAAACAAGUAGUGAACACCAGUGACUCGGAGAAACACAAAUCAAUACUGAAGAAAGACCGAGAGCAGGUAGAAGACAAGCUGAAACAAAUCGAGCAGGAGAUCGAUCCUUACAGUCUUGAUGACGAUGAUCCAGAGAUAAGAGAAGUGGAGAAGCAGAGAGCGGAAGCGAUCAUAACAUUGUUCCAAACAACAAUUGCUGAACAGAGACAAACGUUAAUAUCUGGCCUUGUAGAUGAAUGUAUGGAGGCAAUGGGCCCCCCUCCCUGUAAGUACGCCAUGAUAGGCCUGGGUUCACUUGCCACAGGGUUAGUAACCCCGUACUCUGAUCUGGAGUUCGCCAUCCUGAUAGAGGAGGAAACAGAGAGUAACGUCGGGUAUUUCCGCAAUCUCACUCACUAUCUGCAUCUCAAAGUCAUCAACCUGGGAGAAACCAUCCUCCCGACCAUGGCGAUCAAGUCGCUCAAUGAUUUCUCCUCCAAAGACCCACUGGACAGCUGGUUCUACGACUCUGUAACGCCGCGCGGGUUCGCGUUCGACGGAUCCAUGCCGCAUGCAUGCAAGACUCCACUGGGCAGGGGUGAAACAGCUGAACUUAUUCACACACCGAGUGAGAUGACAAAGGUUUUAAUUGAAAACUUGGAGCGUAAUUUGGACAAAAUCAUGCAAGACGAUCCGACUUUGCAUUCAAAGAAAGGCUACCACCUCGACACCAUAUUGGAGAAUGCCUUAAUUCCACAACUUAUCCAAAUCCACACAACGCCGGUAGAAACGCCUGUUUUGUUUGACAACUCACGAAAGUUACAAGCAGUCGUAUAUGACAGUCUGUGUGAGUACGAAAAGAUGAAGUCAUGCGCGGAACUGGCACUACAAGAUGAGGUUGCUAAACACGGUGAGGGAACACCACAUCCUGACAUCGCCGCGUCACUCGACAACUUGGGUCUUGCCUGGAGUCACCUUGGUGAUCACAGAAAGGCCAUCAGCUAUCAUGAACAGGCACUACAGAUGAUGCGGAGUAUCCAUGGUGAGGACACUGAACAUCCUGACAUCGCCGACUCACUUAGCAAAUUGGGUACCGCCUCGCUGUACCUUGGUGAUUACAGAAAGGCCGUCAGCUAUCAUGAACAGUCACUACAGAUAAAGCGGAAAAUCCAUGGUGAGGACACUGAACAUUCUGACAUCACCACGUCACUUAACAACUUGGGUACCGCCUGGAAGAACCUUGGUGAUUACAGAAAGGCCAUCAGCUAUUUUAAACAGUCACUACAGAUGAGGCGGAGUAUUCAUGGUGAGGACACUGAACAUCCUGAUAUCGCCGGGUUACUUCACAACUUGGGUUACGCCUGGGGGCACCUUGGUGAUCACAGAAAGUCAAUAAGCUAUCAUGAACCGGCUCUACAGAUGAGGCGGAGUAUCCACGGGGAGGAUACUGAACAUCCUGACAUCGCCACGUCACUUGGCAACUUGGGUCUCGCCUGGAGGAACCUUGGUGAUUACAGAAGGGCUGUCAGCUAUCAUGAACAGUCACUACAGAUGAGGCGGAGUAUCUUUGGUGAGGACACUGAACAUCCUGACAUCGCCGCGUCACUUAACAACUUGGGUACCGCCUGGUGGAACCUUGGUGAUUACAGAAAGGCCGUCAGCUAUUUUGAACAGGCACUACAGAUGUGGCGGAGAAUCCAUGGUGAGGACACUGAACAUCCUGACAUCGCCGCGUCACUUAACAACUUGGGUAGCGCCUGGAGUGACCUUGGUGAUCACAGAAAGGCCGUCAGCUAUUAUGAACAGGCACUACAGAUGAGGCGGAGUAUCCAUGGUGAGGACACUGAACAUCCUGACAUCGCCGUGUCACUUUACAACUUGGGUGCCAUGUGUGGGGUACUUGGUGAUUACAGAAAGGCUGUCAGCUAUUAUGAACAGGCACUACAGAUGAGGCGGAGUAUCUAUGGUGAGGACACUGAACAUCCUGGCAUCGCCGCGUCACUUAACAACUUGGGUGCCGCCUGGUGGAACCUUGGUGAUUACAGAAAGGCCGUCAGCUAUUAUGAACAGGCACUACAGAUGAGGCGGAGAAUCCAUGGUGAGGACACUGAACAUCCUGACAUCGCCGCGUCACUUCACAACUUGGGUAGCGCCUGGAGUGACCUUGGUGAUCACAGAAAGGCCGUCAGCUAUUUUGAACAGGCACUACAGAUGAGGCGGAGAAUCCAUGGUGAGGACACUGAACAUCCUGACAUCGCCGCGUCACUUAACAACUUGGGUACCGCCUGGUGGAACCUUGGUGAUUACAGAAAGGCUGUCAGCUAUUUUGAACAGGCACUACAGAUGAUGCGGAGUAUCCAUGGUGAGAACACUGAACAUCCUGACAUCGCUAAGUCACUUAACAACUUGGGUGCCGCCUGUAGUCACCUUGGUGACCACAGAAAGGCUCUCAGCUUUUAUGAACAGGCACUACAGAUGAUGCGAAGUAUCCAUGGUGAGAACACUGAACAUCCUGACAUCGCCGGGUCACUUAACAACUUGGGUAACGCCUGGUUGAACCUUGGUGACCACAGAAAGGCCGUCAGCUAUCAUGAACAGUCACUGCAGAUGAUGCGGAGUAUCCAUGGUGAGAACACUGAACAUCCUGACAUCGCCAAGUCACUCAAUAUCUUGGGUGCCGGCUGGUUUAUGUUUGGCGAUCACAGAAAGGCCGUCAGCUACUUUGAACAGGCACUACAGAUGUGGCGGAGAAUCUAUGGUGAGGAUGACGAACAUCCUGACGUUGCAAAGACACUUGAGGGGCUGCGUCUGGCUCGACUCCUUGGUGAGCACCAAAAGGGAGCCAACUUCAAGUAUAAAGAAUAGUCCCUACAAUACAGACAAGCGUUUACUCAAUAUGCCAAAUGGAACUGUAUGGUGACUGUAACUGGGCCAUUAUAUUUGCUACCUAUAUAUAAAUACAAUUUCAUCAUGAAGUUGACCACUUUAUAGUGUGAGAAUAAAAUAGAAUGCUGCUCAUGUUUCUUACUAAUAAGUCCCUCCUAUCAAGGAGGUUAACAUCAGAUUUUAGCAUCCUUUUCUAAUUCAGUCAGAUUACUAAGGAAAAAGACACAGGAAAUAAACAAGACACCUUCUUCAACCAAAUUCAUAUUAGGGAAAUACAUUAAAGAAUGUUUAAAUCUUAGAGACUACAUGUUAGAGAAUAGUUGAACCUUUAUUGUUACCGCUGACAUGUACAAAUGUAUUCUGAACGCAGUUCGCCGCAUACAUAUAACGCUACAUGUAUAACGUUAAAUGUACGUUAAAUGUACAUGUAUAUUCUGUGCAUAGGAUGACUUUAUUCAUGCAUGUUAGUUGUGUGUGUGUAAUGGUUAUUUAGCUUUGUUACACCUUAAGUUGUGGAAGACCAUACAAAAGUCUUUCUGUUGAGUCAAUAAAGAAUCUAUCUGUAAAGAUGAAGGUCA